AACAACAAGUUGAACAACAGCGACCCGAAACUGUGAUAUUCAGAAUUGUUACUGUUUGCCAGUUUCCACCUGCAGUUUUAAGAAAAUACUAUCCAUCACAAUACCCCUUUUCCUAUGUAUAAUACAAACACAAUAGGAGAAAGUAGUUUUGAUAACAGCAAUGGGUGAAGUCGGCCAAUACCAUAUUACAAUGUUAGUUAACAGUGAACAGGAAGAUUCUAUUAGAAAACUGUUUACUGACAAGAACUGGACAUGUUGGCUAAAUGUCGUAUCAGAUCAGACAGUGGUAGAUGUCAGGCAGAAUGGUUUUGAUAACAUUUUUACAAACAUUCAUGAAACCAAUGAUAACGACACAGACAUGCCAGACUUUGUGGAAAUUAAGUCAGAAGUCGUUUAUGAAGACUAUGGAACAGACACAGAUUCUGCUGAUGAACCUUCCCUGUAUGACGUAGAAACACCCAUACUUCCUGCUAAUGAUAAUGAAGAAACAAAACAUGAAAUUUCUGCAAUAGAUGAAGACAUAUUUAAAAAGACAAAAAUUUUGAAGUCUAAUAAUGAGCAAGCUGGAGGACUUAAAGUUUCUACUCCAAAUACUGUGUUACCCAUUAUAUCUGUCACACCUGGUAUCAGUGAUUUGACAUCAAAUGCUUUAGGAACUUCUGUUAGACCUUUACUAACUCCAUUGUCAUCUGGUAUUAAUCUGGGGCUUAACCAACCAAUGACUGCUGUAAGCUCUCUCCCAACAAAAGGGGUACCUGCUAGUGGAUAUAUCUCUGACUUUGUAGAGCAUAACAUGCUUAAACCUGUGAAAAUCAGAAAGACAAAUCAAAGUUAUGCUAAAUAUAGUUCUGCAAUUAAAGGAAUUCGAAAAAGUGCUUACUUAGCAGAUUUGGUGACAAAAAUAAAAAAUAAAGGUAAAAUAUCCGAAGGCGAGGAUAAAUUGACAAAUGAAAAUGAGGAUGAAAGUCUAAUAACUGACAAAGAAGAAAAUGAAAAAACAAAGAAUAAAAUGUAUGCUAAUCAGCUAAGCUGUUCUUUUUGCCCAGAUUGCCAGGAAAAAUUUUCAUCACUGGAGAACCUGUGGGUGCAUAGGAAUGAGGUCAAACAUACCCUUCCAAAAACAAAACCUCGGGGAUUUGCUAAACGCCAUUAUAGUCCAGAAGAACUUCUAAAAAUGGGAUUUCUGAAGUGUUCUGAAUGUGAUUACCUGUUUCAAGACAGAAGAAAAUUAAGGCAGCAUAUGUUUGCAAAUCAUAGAGAAAUUAUGCCGAACCCUGUGUGCCCUAUAUGUGGAGAAGAGUUUGAAGGAUAUCGAGACCUUUAUAAGCACAAACGUGAGAAACAGCACAUGGAUAGUAUUUGGCGUCUGAACAGUUACCAGUGCGAAACCUGUGGCAAACAUAUGACCAAAUACGAAAACUUCAAAAGUCAUAAAGAAUUGUCAUGUGGUAAAAAUGAAGAGGAGUUGAAAGCUCUUCAUAUACACCCGUGUGAAAUUUGUGGAAAACUAUUUAAGACUACAAAAGCAGCACACCAGCAUAAAAUUAAGGUUCAUGAACAAGAGGAGUCUGUUUGUGACAUCUGCGGAAAAGUUUUGAAGACUAAGUUUGCAUUACGGUCACACAAACGCAGGCAUUUCGAUAAGAAUAGAAAGUUUGUUUGCAAAGAAUGUGGCAAAGGUUUCUUCAAUGUUACGAUUUUAAAACAGCAUGAACGUGUGCAUACCAAAGAGAAGCCUUUUAAAUGUCCGAUGUGCGAGUACACGUCGUCAGUUGCAGGAAAUAUAAAAAAGCAUUCUUGUAAUAUACACAAACAAAAUCUGGCACCUAUUGAUUUAAGGCAAUUAGACAAGAGCUGUUCUUGAUAAGAAAAAAAAAUUUUUUGAUUUGUUAA